UCACAGUUUGAUCUGUAUAAAUGAAAGGAUUCGGAUUAUUGUCGGUCAUUAUUAGUGUCUUUCCCGCGGUGCACAUGGCGAAAGUCUUCGUGUACGGGACGCUAAAGAAAGGCCAGGCCAACUACUUCAGGAUGAGGGAUCAUGCCAACGGUCAGGCCGAGUUCGUGGCUCACGCUCGCACCGUUGAGCGAUACCCGCUCGUGAUCGCAACCGAAGACAACAUCCCCUUCCUCCUGAACGUCCCCGGGACGGGUCAGCGCGUUCACGGAGAGAUCUACAGCGUGGACCAGAAGAUGCUGGAUUACCUGGACGAGUUUGAAGAUUGUCCACAGAUGUACCAGCGCACACUCAUCCGGCUGGAGCUGCAGGACGGGCCCGGCGGAGGAGAACACACACCGGAGGCUGGAAGUAGCGUCGAGGCCUUUGUGUACAGCACAGAAACAUAUGAACCCAAGUGGCUCCAAAAACCAACGUAUGAGAGUUAUGAUUCUAACGGUGAUCACGGGCUGCGCUAUGUGUGUCGUGAAGACAGAUGUCUUGAGUAG